UUUUUUUUUUUUUCUUCCCUUCAAAAGCGAGCGGAGAGAGAAGAGAGGGAGGAGUGAGCGGGGUGCUCCAAUUUACGGUCUUGCCAUCGGCUUCCUCCCCACGGAAGCUUCCCCCGUCUGUUUUCGGUCUAUUUCUUCCGUUUUGCUGUGGGUGUGAAUGAGCGGGUGGUGGCGAUGGUGAGGGAGGGCGGGGAUGGCGAGAUCUGAGAGGUCGGAGGCCGGCGCCUCGCCGUCGGCGAAGGCGUCGGAGCUGAAGCGGGUGUUGGAGAGGCUCGUGAGGGAGAUACCGGACGAGGAGGGGAGCGGCGGCGGCGGCGGCGAGUGCGAGGAGGCGAGGGUGGCGGAGGUGUUCGAUCGGAUAUCGAAGACGGUGGCGGCUCUGAGGGACCUGAAGCUCAGGAGGACGCUGUCGCAGAGGCUGGAAUCGGCGGCCGUUCCGGAGCAGUUCAUCUGCCCGAUUUCGUCCGAGCUUAUGAAGGAUCCGGUCGUCUUGGCCACCGGGCAGACAUACGAUCGUGCCCACAUACAAGCCUGGUUGAACAAUGGACACAGGACAUGUCCUCGGACGCAGCAAGUUUUGUCGCAUUUGAUCCUCACCCCGAACUACUUGGUCAGGAACAUGAUACAGCAAUGGUGUGAAAGUCAGGGAAUAGAACUGCCAGCUCCCCAGAACGGAACAGGGGAUGUGUACCAAGAAGGAAUUACACAAGGGGAUCGAGUCCACCUCGAUUCAUUGCUUCAGAAGAUAGCUUUCCCUUCCAUGGAGGAACAAAAGCAAGCUGCGAAGGAGCUCCGGUUCCUCACCAAGCGCGCAUCUUCGUUUCGAACACUUCUAGGUCAGGCUCCCGAUGCAAUGCCGUUGCUGCUGUCUCUGUUAUCUCGUGUCGAUUCGGACCUUCAUCCUGAAGUCCAAGAGGACGUGGUGACCACAAUUUUGAAUCUCUCCAUCCACGAUGACAACAAGAAGCUUGUUGCAGAGGCACCGGAAGCCAUUCCUCUUCUCAUUAAAGCCCUGAAGAGUGGAACUAUGCAGACGAGAAGCAAUUCUGCUGCUGCCCUUUUCUCAUUAUCGGCCUUGGAUGCCAAUAAGAUCAAGAUUGGGGAGGCUGGUGCCAUUGGUCCGCUGAUAGAGCUCCUGGAUCAAGGAAGCACAAUGGCAAAGAAGGAUGCAGCCUCAGCCAUUUUUAACUUGUGCAUAAUGCACGAUAACAGAGCAAGAGCAGUCAGACAUGGGGCUAUCCCUGUUCUUCUCAACGCUAUCAAAAACGAGUCGUCCGGGCUUGUGGAUGAAUCGUUGGCAAUCCUGUCGAUGCUUUCCAGCUACCAGCAGGCUCUAGAAGAAAUUGUCCGGAAUGGAGGGGUUCAGUGCCUGCUGGACAUCAUCAGGGAGAACACUUCCGAGCGCAACAGGGAGAACGCGGUGGCGACUCUCUACUCCGUCUGCUGGAAUGACAGGUCCAAAUUGAGGGAGGUGAGGGAAGAGGAAGACGAAAAUAGCUCCCUUUCACUUCUCUCACAGAACGGCACGUCGAGGGCAAGGAGAAAGGCAGCCGGCAUACUGGACAGGGUGAGGAGGUUCACAAACACAGCAUGAAUUUCCUUGGAAUAAGCUGUGGAAGCUUUGUAAAUAGCAGGUUUUUUGGCCGGUGGAUUUAUACAUUCGAUGCCUGUAAAUUCCAGACUCCCUGUAUAGUCAUCCUUCCUUUGCUUGAUUUGUGCAUUUGGUGAGUCGGAAAUUUUAUAGCAAGUUCUGUCGUCCUCUCUUCCUCUGCUCAGGGGAUGUUUCAGUGUCGUCCCCGUAAUCCACCCAGUAAGCCCUUUUCUCUUAUUCAAUUUGAGAAUUUUUUCUUUUUCAUCCCAAGUAUAAAGGACACUGUCUGUGAGUUUCUCGAAUAAAUACAAGAGUUUUCCUCUGGCAUCAAUUUGAUUUUA